UUUACGCCGUCAAUUGUCAAAAUUUAAGUAAAAAUUAAUUGAACAGUGAUUUUGAUGUUUGCUUACGUUUUAUCGAAAUAAAACAUUUAAACUUAAAUAUUUAAUUGAAGUGAAUUUUUGUUUAACCACAAGAAUACAAUUACUUUUGCCUACGAAAUGUGAAUACAAUCAUCGUUACACGCUUCAUCUCGAAGAUUAUCUGCGUCUUUUACAUAGACCUCGAGUUUUCACAGACAGUUCAUGUGGUUGUGUAUUUCUGCUAAAACAGCAUAAUGACCAUGAGUCAAGUGUCCGUUUUGAAACUUUAUAACUCUGUAGUAGAUGAUGUGAUUGCUGGCGUGCGAGAUUGUUUCCUUGAUGACGGUGUAGACGAACAAGUAUUACAAGAGUUAAAACAAUUAUGGAAAUCAAAAUUAGUUGCUAGUGGUGCGAUGGACCCUGCACCUGAGCCUCCAAUGCAACAAAUACCGCAGCCGCCUGUUUUACAACAUUUUCAAAAGGUCAAUGGUAACAAUUUAAUGUCAAAAAGGGGUGACAUAGGGCCACAAACUUCUGGCCAGUCAGGGAUGGACCAUGGAGCGCCUGCUCCGAACAUGGGUCAUCCUCAUCCAGUACUUGACCCUAAUAAUAAGGUGCCUGUCCAACUAACACUACCUGCACAACCAAGUGUGCCUGGAUCUCAACCACGUUCCUUUACUAUUCAAAUUCCAGCAUCUGCACUUAAUGGAAAUAAACUUCAUCAAGUAUUAACAGGACCUAUAAUUAAUGCAACAAUUAAUUUACCACAACCAUUGGCUGCAACACUUCUUCAGCAACAUAUAAACUCUGCACUGGCAGGUCAACAGAAUGAAUUUGAUGGAGGUGGUGGUGGUGGUCGUAGUGGUGCUGCACCCUUUUCUCUUGAUGGUGCUCUAGAUUCUUCCGAUGAUGAAGGGUCCAAUGUGGGCGAUGGUUCAGAAGAUGCUGCUGGUGAUGAUGAUGAAGAUGAGGAUUCUGUUGAAGAGAGAGCAGAAGAGGAAGAAGAAGAAAGAGAUGAGUUUGGAGGAGCAGAGGAAGAACCAUUAAACUCUGGUGAUGAUGUUUCUGAUGAGGAACCUGGUGACAUGUUUGACACUGACAAUGUGGUAGUUUGCCAAUAUGACAAGAUUACACGUACAAGGAAUAAGUGGAAAUUUUAUUUCAAAGAUGGUAUAAUGAAUCUAGCUGGAAAAGAUUAUGUUUUUCAAAAGGCCAAUGGUGAUGCAGAGUGGUAAAUUUAUUGAUAUAUUGUAAUUUUUGUGGAUGUAAUGUUUGAUAUUGAUGUAAAUUGUUGUUGUUACAAAAUACCUAUAUCACCAGCCUUACAAUUUCUUUAGUCCAAAAGCUGUAUAUAUUGUUUAAUAUAAGCAUCAAAUUAUAAAAAUUGUAGUAAAUUAAUUAUGUGUGUUUAUUCAUGUAUUGUAGUUUUCUAUUUCAAGUAUGUUAAAACCAUUGCGGUCAAAAAUGAUAUUUUACAUGAUAAUUGAAACAUUUUUAUUUUAUUACUACAACACAAAAUGCAAGCCUCAUUUCAUAAUUUUAAGAAAAAAACAACCUUGAUGCAAAUGACUGCUUUGGUAGUUUAAAUCAAUGUUACAUGUUUUUUUGUUAGUUUAUUCAUUGAUAUUUUAAGUAACUCAAUAAAAUAUAGUGUAUAAGUUUAUAAGUUAUAGUUCAACUCAACAAGAUUAAAAUGUAUUUUUCUCCCAGCUUCACUAAAGUAUGAAAUUUAAAGUACCUCAGUGCCAUAAAGUUAAAAACCAAUCCAACCAAAGUUCAGAUUAAAUUUACAAUAAAAUAGAAAACAUGUGAAGCGGGGAAAAGUUUGGUUUUUGUAAGAAAAAUAAUUGGCUUGAAAAGUAUAGGUAAGCAAAUGAUAACUUGUAAUUAGUAGGUAAUAUAAGAUAUUGAUGUCAAAUUUGUAUAUUUCAUACAGUUAAAUACAUAUUUUCAAAGACAACAAUUAAAUGAAUACUAUUAUUUUUUGUAUUUAUGACCACAUUCGCAUAUAUUUUCCAAUAAUUACUAUUUAAAAUGUAAAUUACAAUAAAAUUUAAUAUCGUAAAUUAAAAUUAGUGGGAUUACUACAUGUAUAUAAUAAGCAAUACAAAUUGUUUUUUCCUUAAAUUUUGUUUAGAACAACUGUAUAUUGUAUACGAAGUGUUAAAGACAAGGUCCAUUUUUUAUGGUGCAAACCUAAGCUUACUACAAACAAAAAAUGGUUGUGCGUUAUUUCAAUUUCUAUUAUGUUGAUUAUGUAGCCACCUACUGGUUUGCAGUUAUAUUUUUGUAAAUUUUAGUAUAAUGUGCACAAAAUUAUUUGGUUUUUUAGUUAUUAAUUCUCACCAAUUACUUUUAUGUGAUACAACAUUUAGAAUUUAUUUAGAUAAUAAUAUGUAAUACCUUAAUUCCUAGUACAGAUUCUAGAUCAAGAAUUUGUUACUAAAUACUAAGUUCACUUGCUUUAGUUUGUGUUUACAAUUUUAAUUCC